AUGGCCCGGCCCGCUGUUGCUCUCAAUCGUGCCCCGUCAGCUCCAAGUCCUCCUCUGUCCGUCAGAAACAAGAGCCUCGAUUGCGACCAACCUGACCUGCUCGUCAGCCGCGGGAUUCUGAUCGUCGGUAGUGCCUCGAACCUGCUCCGCCGCAAUAGAGCUCGUAUCGCAUUCGACCUCGCCGCUGGUGGCUCGACCCGCAAGAAAAGAAGACGAACCGGCUCCGAGAACAAGUCGUCGGACAGUGCUCGAGCCGUCGCUGACUUAAAUUCGCCGGAAAUCGAGUGUGCUCGCCAUCGGGCCUCUCGGAAUUUGCCGUCCCUGGAUGGAUUCUCCCUCAGUCGCCUGAAGUCGGCCUCUCAGAAAUUCGCUCUCGUCGUGGCUGCCUGGGGAGGGCUGACGAGGGGUCGGAUGAACGGACGGAAGCUGCUGCUCAUCACGGCGGGCCGCUGUUGCUGUUCGGAGAUGGAGUCGCGCGGCUAUGGUGGAUUGACAGAAAGGCUAAGAUUGGCGAUUGGAAACUGGGAUCUGCGUCUGCUCGCGAGUUUUCCGGCGAAGAAAGACAUGACGGCGUGCGGCGUCACUGGAGGAAAUCGGCAGUCCUCGGCAACUUUCGGUCGGAGAUCGUCUUUGCCGAGAAGAGGGAGAGGUGAUGGGAAAUUUUUAAAGAAGAAGGAGAUGAGGAGCGGCUGA